AACAAGGAAGGAUAGCUAACCUUGCUGUGUUUAAAGUUUUAUUUGUUCUGAAAGAUGUUUUGUGGAUGAAAUAUAUAACAAGAAAUUUGCUCAUUAACAACAUACAUGUGCAUCAUAUUUAAGAGUUUUGUUGCCCACACCCAGAGUCCAUCUGCCUCUUUACGGGAGAGCGCUGCUCAGCCCUGACUCUACUCCCGCUAUCUGCAGUCUGCGGCCGGCUCCAGGGGCUGGCCUCUCGGCAGCGAGUGCCCAAUGGAGGAACAUGACAACAUGGACUAUUUCUACCAGCAGGUAGUACAGAAGGACGUGUCCCGAAGGUUACAGGUCGGACAGGAUCUAAUUGAUUACCUGAAUGACCCACAACGCUCCCCGGACGUAGAGCAGGACAAACCCCGCUUAGACAAGACGAUAGACGAGCUAACGGGAUGGAUCAACGCCAGCAAUUUCAAGGUGGCACUUCUGGGGAUAGACAUCUGUGGAGCAUUUGUGGAUCGAAUAGGAGAACGGUUCAAAGGAUACUUAGGCACAGUGUUGCCAGCUCUUGUGGACCGACUGGGAGAUGGGAAGGAUCAGGUUAGAGAAAACAGCCAAGCUCUCAUCCUCCACACUAUGGAGCAGACUGCCUCACCCAUGUAUGUUUGGGAAAGGCUGCUCCCUGGUUUCAAACACAAGAACUUCCGCAGUCGAGAAGGAAUCUGCCUUUGUCUCAGUGCCACCAUCACCACAUAUGGGUCUCAUACGCUGAGCCUCAGUAAACUUGUCCCUCAUCUUUGCUCUUUGACUGGAGACCAAAACCCGCAGGUUCGUGAGGCCUCCAUAACAACAUUAGUGGACGUCUAUCGCCACAUUGGUGAGAAAGUUAGAGCUGACCUGGCAAAGAGAGGACUGCCUGCUGCGCGGUUGCAGACAAUAUUUGCCCGGUUUGAUGAAGCCCUGAAUUCAGGCAACAUGGCUCUCAGCCCAAGUCACGAUCGUAGCUUUGACGAAGAUGACAGCGUGGAUGGGAGUCGUGCUUCCUCAGCUCAAGCGUUCAAAGUCCCAAAAGUUCCCAAGAAGCCAGCAGAGUCCUCAGCCGCUCGCAGGCCCAGUGCAACCGGUGGCAAGCUAGUAUCCAAAGAAUGUGCUGGUGCUGUUGAUGAAGAGAACUUUAUCAGAGCCUUUACAGAUGUCCCCACUGUGCAGAUUUAUUCAGCAAGGGACCUUGAAGACAACCUUAAUAAAAUCCGAGAGAUCUGCUCUGAUGACAAACAUGACUGGGACCAAAGAGCACAUGCUCUUAAGAAAAUCCGUUCACUGUUGGUUGCUGGUGCAGCCAACUAUGACUGUUUUUACCAGCACUUACGGCUCCUGGAUGGAGCCUUCAAACUUUCUGCUAAAGAUCUGAGAUCUCAAGUGGUCAGAGAGGCCUGCAUUACUGUGGCUUACCUUUCAUCGGUGCUGGGGAACAAGUUUGAUCAUGGAGCUGAAGGCAUUGUCCCAGUCCUGUUCAACCUCAUCCCAAAUUGUGCCAAAGUCAUGGCCACCUCUGGUGUGUCUGCAAUUCGCAUCAUCAUUCAGCACACCCAUGUCCCACGACUCAUUCCUUUGAUAGCUAGUAAUUGCACAUCAAAGUCUGUGGCUGUCAGACGGCGCUGUUAUGACUUCUUAGAUCUUCUUCUACAAGAAUGGCAAACGCACUCUCUGGAGCGACACACUGCAGUUCUGGUUGAAAGCAUCAAGAAGGGAAUUCGAGAUGCUGACUCAGAAGCCAGAGUGGAAGCUCGCAAGGCCUACUGGGGUCUCAGGAACCAUUUUCCAGGGGAAGCCAAUGCUCUGUACAACUCUUUGGAGCCGUCGUACCAGAGAACGCUCCAGUCCUGUUUGAAGAACUCUGGCAGCGUUGCAUCUCUGCCUCAGAGUGACCGCUCCUCCUCCUCCUCACAGGAGAGCCUCAAUCGGCCUUUAUCUUCGAAGUGGUCAGCGGCUCCAGGCCGAGUCACUGCGGGGUCAAAGGGCAGGUUGUCAUCAGCCGCACUCCAGCGUUCCCGUAGCGAUGUGGAUGUUAACGCGGCUGCAGUGGCUAAGCAACGACAAGUGGGACAGUCUGGAGGGGCGAGCCGUCUGACUGCUGGCUCCUACUCCUCUCUGGGACGCGUUCGCACCAAGCAGCCCCUGUCCACAGCGGGCAGUAUGUCCAGCCAAGUGGACUCGCGAGGACGAAGCCGCUCUAAGAUGGUGUCACAGUCCCAACGUUCGGACGAAUCCGAUUGCACACCAGGAUCUCAGUCGGCUAACCCUGUUGGUGCGGGCAGUCGGAGUGGCUCUCCUGGCCGUGUCCUGACCACCACGACCCUCAGCACCAUGAGCUCUGGGGCGCACAGGGUCCUGGGGGGAAGCACCGCAGAUGGACACAGACGCAGCAGGAUCCCACGCAGUCAGGGCUGUUCCCGGGACUCCUCACCCACACGUCUUUCUGUUGCUCCCUCCAGCCUUAGUAGCUCCAUCUACAACGGGGCCAGCAGAGGAGCUCGGGGAAGCCGUAUCCCACGGCCCAGUAUGAGUCAGGGUUGCAGCAGAGAUGCCAGCAGGGAGAGCAGUCGGGACACCAGCCCAGUACGCUCCUUCACACCUCUGGCUACACGAAGUUACUCUCGCUCCACUGGGGCUCUCCACACACCUGACGCUUUCGGGGCAGCAGGCUCAGGGUUUGGGAUCAGCCAGUCCAGCCGCCUCUCGUCUUCAGUCAGCGCUAUGCGGGUCUUGAACACUGGCUCCGAUGUGGAAGAGGCCCUUGCGGAUGCACUGCUGUUGGGAGACAUGCGAUCCAAGAAGAAGCCAGCGAGAAGGCGAUAUGAGAACUACAGCAUGUAUUCUGACGAUGAUGCAAACAGCGACGCGUCAAGUGCCUGCUCUGAGCGCUCGUACAGCUCCAGGAACGGAGGAGCGAUCCCCACAUAUAUGAGACAGACUGAGGACGUGGCAGAGGUGCUGAACCGAUGUGCUAGCGCUAACUGGUCUGAGAGAAAGGAGGGUCUUUUGGGUUUACAAGCUCUGCUCAAAAACCAGCGCACCCUCAGUCGGGUGGAGUUGAAGAGACUAUGUGAAAUUUUCACUAGGAUGUUUGCUGACCCUCAUAGCAAGCGAGACUCCGGCAGGGCGUACGGCACGGCAGAAUCCGGUAUAAGCUCGGCGUCCUUCAAGAGAGUUUUCAGUAUGUUCCUGGAGACUCUGGUAGAUUUCAUCCAGGUGCAUAAAGAUGACCUGCAGGACUGGCUCUUUGUCCUACUCACUCAGCUGCUCAAGAAGAUGGGGGCUGACCUCCUCGGCUCUGUACAGGCCAAAGUUCAAAGGGCACUAGAUGUCACACGAGAGUGUUUUCCCAAUGAUCUCCAGUUUACUAUACUCAUGCGGUUCACUGUGGACCAGACGCAGACUCCAAACCUCAAGGUUAAGGUGGCUAUUCUGAAGUACAUAGAGACGCUGACAUUACAGAUGGAAGCUCCUGACUUUGUGAACUCCAGUGAGACGAGGCUGGCUGUGUCCAGGCUCAUUACCUGGACCACUGACCCCAAGAGCGCAGAAGUCCGAAAGGCCGCUCAGGCAGUGCUGAUUGCCCUGUUCCAGCUCAAUACCCCUGAGUUCACCAAGCUGCUGGCCGCUCUGCCCAAAACGUUUCAGGACGGAGCCACAAAACUGCUCCAUAAUCAUCUAAAGAACACCGGCAAUGCAGCACAGGCACAAAUUGGCAGCCCCCUGACUCGCCAUACACCCAGAUCUCCGGCCAGUUGGUCUAGUCCGGUCACAUCGCCCACAAACACCUCCCAAAACACCCCUUCACCAAGUGCAUUUGACUAUGACACCGAAAAUAUGAACUCUGAGGACAUCUACAGCUCACUGAGAGGGGUUACUGAAGCAAUUCAGAACUUUAGUGUUCGCAGCCAAGAAGACAUGAAUGAUCCUGUUCAGCGAGAUGAAGGCAGUGGUGACUGCAGAGCAUCUGAUGCAGUGGAAGGAGGACGCAUGGCCCUGGACAACAAAACGUCUCUCCUUAACACUCCUCUGCUUUCAUCGAGCCCAAGAGGGGGACGUGAACACUUCUCUGACUCCCCGAUAAAGCACAGCCGCAAACAUACCAGCCUGGAUGACUCUGAGCUACUCACAGAUGAGAGCAGUUUGGAUCAGUCUGAACUAGUUGCAGAGCUGUUGAAAGAGCUUUCGAAUCACAAUGAGCGGAUAGAGGAGAGAAAAGCGGCACUAUGUGAACUGCUGAAGCUCAUUCGUGACAAUACACUGCAGGUUUGGGACGAACAUUUCAAAACCAUCCUGCUGCUUCUGCUUGAGACUAUGGGUGAUAGAGAGCAUUUGAUACGAACACUAGCUCUACGAGUUCUGAGCGAGAUUCUCAACAAGCAGCCCUGGAGGUUCAAAAACUAUGCAGAGCUCACCAUUAUGAAAGCCCUGGAGGCACACAAAGACCCACACAAGGAGGUGGUGAAGGCCGCAGAAGAGACAGCAGCGAUGUUGGCUCAGUCCAUUAGUCCAGACCAAUGUAUCAAGGUGUUGUGUCCCAUAAUUCAAUCUGCUGACUACCCCAUCAAUUUAGCUGCCAUCAAGAUGCAGACCAAGGUAGUCGAAAGGAUUCCUAGGGAGGGCCUGAUAUCAGUGCUGCCAGAGAUAGUGCCAGGACUCAUACAGGGUUAUGACAACUCUGAGAGCAGCGUAAGGAAAGCAUGUGUGUUCUGCUUGGUGGCAAUUUAUGCAGUGAUCGGUGAGGACCUCAAACCUCACCUAAGUCAACUCUCCAGCAGCAAGCUGAAGUUGUUGAAUCUCUACAUCAAACGCGCUCAGUCUGGCUCCAGCGGCAGUGAACCCACGUCAGAAGGCCUAUAGGUGACACAGCAUCCUCCGCAGGGCAAUCACAGAACUGCAUCUCUGCCCACCAAACAUGAAUAUUAUUUCCUCACACAGACUGAGCAAACUGCUUCAUCCACCAUGCUCUGUAGGUACAUCCAGUCCAAAUACAUUUCCUAUCACAGAGUGGGAGCCGAGGAUCUCUCCUGAUUUCAAAGACUGAAAGUUUUGGAGUAAAAAGCCUUUGUCUUUCCUUUCCUUAAAGAAAUGUAUGUCUUCUCUGCCUUUCUGAUUUUCAAGAGCAUCUUCUUCAGCCCGCUACAAUGUCAACAGGAAGCGGUGCAUGGUUAUCUUUCAUCUGAAGAGUGGUGGGCUGAAACAACUCAGUGUUGGAUUUGUUUGUUUCUUGAACAAUGCAUAUGUGGGGCCAGGUAGACCAGAAUGUAAAUUCACAUUGCAUCAUAGUUGGAUUAUUUUAACACUGAGGUUCCACUGCAGCAGUUUUAGAAUCUUGUCUCUUAGCAUACACUCAAAACAGUUUUUUUUAUUUUUCAAAGGUGCUGAUGAGCCUAAACGGUACGACCAGUUCUUCAUAGCAGUAACACAGUGACAUUGGUUCAUGCCUGCUCAUAGCAUUUACAGUACAUGGGCGACGGUAGACAUUAUGUGCUUGGCUAUGCAUGAGACAAAAUCUUUUUUUUUUUUUUUUUUUUUUUAUGUAUAAUGUUGAAAACUAUGGCAGGAUUAAAUUAUUGUGAACAGUGCCCUUUUCAGAAUAAUAUGUGGUCCCCCGUUACUCCCAGCUCAUCAAGUCUGUCCAUUUUUUGGCAAGAUUUGAAAAAAAAAAUGGGUGCAUGCAGCUUAUUACAUGAAGUUUGUCAAGACAUGGCUUAUCACAAAACAGAUAUGUAUCUAUAUAUGAUAUUGAAAAGGAAUAUCCAAUAACAGUGUCACUCAUUUUGUCUCUUGGGGAGUGUAUGUGCACCUAUUCCCAUUCUUGCUUUUAUUUUUCAUUCUGAUGCGUGUGCCGUUGUCUCUCGCGCUUUAUUUGUAGAAACGUAUCAUUUACAGCUCUGAAGCUCACUGUCAUCGUCAUCCUUUCUCUCCUUUCCUUGUAACAUUCUAGUUUUUACUGUUGUGUUUCUUCUGUGUAUUUACAAAGCAAUGCUUACAAUAAACUAAGAACUUGUACAGACAACAA